AUAACAUCUCUCUACGGGGGCUCUCUAGAAUUUCUUUUUGUGGUAGAAAGCACAGAGGAUCCUGCUUACCAUGCUAUAUCACUACUGCUAUCAGAAUAUGAGGAUAACGUUAAUGCUAGGAUUAUUGUGGCUGAUUUUGCAACAACUUGUAGUCAAAAGAUUCACAAUCAGUUGGUUGGAGUUGAAAAUAUGCGUAAAGACAGCAAAUAUGUAUUGUUUUUAGAUGAUGAUGUUAGGCUACAUCCUGGAACAAUUGGAGAGCUCACCAAAGAGAUGGAGAAAAACCCUAAGAUAUUUAUUCAAACUGGAUACCCUCUCGAUUUGCCAUCUGGAAGUCUUGGAAGCUACUGCAUCUAUGAAUACCAUAUGCCAUGUUCAAUGGGCUUUGCGACUGGUGGGAAAACUUUUUUUCUGUGGGGAGGUUGCAUGAUGAUGCAUGCUGAUGACUUUAGGCAAGAUCGUUGUGGUGUAGUCUCCGGACUUCAAGAUGGUGGAUAUUCUGAUGAUAUGACUCUUGCAGCUAUAGCUGGGGCUCACAAAGAACUCAUCUAUUCUCCUCCAGUUGCUGUGUUUCCUCAUCCACUUGCCAGUGAUCUUAAUUUUGGAAGGUACUGGAAUUACUUACGAAAACAAACAUUUGUGUUGGAGUCAUAUGUAACAAGGGCUAACUGGAUAAUGAACCGUGUAUUAUUUGCUGCUCACUGUUAUCUGUCAUGGGGAUUUGUAGCGCCAUACUUCAUGGCAAUUAUUCAUGUUUUGGCAGCGUUAAGAUUUUAUAUCAAAGGGUACUCAUCUGAGGAAAUGGCUUACGGGUUAUCACUGGUCAGCUUCUUAACUAUAUGCACUUUCAUUGCUCUUUUUUCAAUGUGGAACUUGACAAGGAUAGAAGUUCAUCUGUGCAACCUUUUGUCCCCGGAGGCACCCCGGCUUUCUCUUACUUCCUAUAAUUGGUGUCUUGUGUUCAUAGCGAUGUUGGUGGAUAACUUUCUAUAUCCGGUAUCUGCCAUUCGUUCUCGUUUAUCUCAACAUAUCAAUUGGUCUGGUACUCUGUACUAUUUGGAAAAUGGAAAAGUAAGCAGGAUCGAAAGAAUACAGAGAAGCAAGGACAUGCGCCCGGUAUUCACAGACUUGGGGGGAAAACACUUAUUUGGAAAGAAAGGAUUAGCUCGCAAGAACUCAUUCCUCGGUUCUUGGUCCAGAAGUUUUAUGCAAUGGCGUCAGCCCAAGAAACAUGAUAUAUAGGAGACAAGGCUUCUACUUCUAGUGAAUAGGUUCAGUAUCUCUCUUGUGUCUCGUUGCCCCACCUUUUGAGGGUUAAUGAGCAGCAUGACCUUUGGAGUAAAAGGACGUUGACAGAUCAACUGGUCUCUUCUGUUGUUUGGGCCAUCCGUCAUUGAUUGUAAGGCUGUUUGAAUCGUAGUCCCAUUUUUUGGUUACCCAUUCAAAUCACGAUUCUUCAGCACAAAAGUGUGUUUUUAUUAGUGUCGAGCAACCAAAAAAAGGGGGUAUUUUUUAAUUGUUUUUGUAUUUGUUUAAUCUGCUGUAGGUAGUUUAACGUCUAGAAACGCAAUCGUACUUUGCCCUUCAUCUUAGGGAUGAAAUUGUAAAUUCAUCUUAUCCUUUGAAGCUCUCAACUCUUGUAAAUACGUUAUUGUCAAUGGCAAGUUGUUUAA